AUGCCCACGCCUGGAUGGGAAAGCCACUGCCUAGUCGACAAGAGCGACAAGCACAAGUUCCAGCGAGAUAUUUCGUACCUCCGGCUCGUAGCCACCAUUUGGUAUGGUCCAGGUUCUCUGCGGACUCGGAGUGGUACGGAACUAGAAGGUCAGGCCAUGGAGAUGAUGCCUGAAAUGAAGAUACAUCCGGACGAGUCAGAAAGAACUCGAUUCCACCGCAAUGACAUCGCGCAUGCAAUUUAUCCGGUCUCGAUGGAUUAA